GGGCGGGGGCAGAACGCCUCUGGCCGCGGGUUGGGCACCGUGUCAGCGGCCGAGCGGGGCGCUCGGGCGGGAUAUGGCGGGCUGUGUGGCCCGGCGGGCCCUGGCCGUGGGCAGCCGCUGGUGGUCCCGCUCGUUAACCGGGGUCCGGGGGCCGAGGCCGCUCUGUGCGUCGGGUGGAGCUGGGGCCUUCCCACCAGCGGCGACCACGACGACGCGGAGGCACCUCUCGUCCCGAAACCGACCAGAGGGCAAAGUUUUGGAGACGGUUGGUGUAUUUGAGGUGCCAAAACAGAACGGAAAAUAUGAGACCGGGCAGCUCUUCCUUCAUAGUGUUUUUGGCUACCGAGGUGUCGUCCUGUUUCCCUGGCAGGCCAGACUAUAUGACCGGGAUGUGGCUUCUGCAGCUCCAGAAAAAGCAGAGAAUCCUGCCGGCCAUGGCUCUAAGGAGGUGAAAGGCAAAACUCACACUUACUAUCAGGUGCUGAUUGAUGCCCGAGACUGUCCACAUAUAUCUCAGAGAUCUCAGACAGAAGCUGUGACUUUCUUGGCUAACCAUGAUGAUAGCCGGGCCCUCUAUGCCAUCCCAGGCCUGGACUAUGUCAGCCAUGAAGACAUCCUCCCCUAUACCUCCACUGAUCAGGUUCCCAUCCAGCAUGAGCUGUUUGAUAGAUUUCUUCUGUAUGACCAGACAAAAGCACCCCCUUUUGUGGCCCGGGAGACGCUCCGGGCCUGGCAAGAGAAGAAUCACCCCUGGCUGGAGCUCUCUGACGUCCACCGGGAGACGACUGAGAACAUUCGUGUCACUGUCAUCCCCUUCUACAUGGGCAUGAGGGAAGCCCAGAAUUCCCAUGUCUACUGGUGGCGCUACUGUAUCCGCUUAGAGAACCUCGACAGUGACGUGGUGCAGCUCCGGGAGCGACACUGGAGGAUAUUCAGUUUAUCUGGCACCUUGGAGACAGUGCGAGGCCGAGGCGUGGUGGGAAGGGAACCCGUGUUAUCCAAGGAGCAGCCCGCAUUCCAGUAUAGCAGCCACGUCUCCCUGCAGGCUUCCAGCGGGCACAUGUGGGGCACCUUCCGCUUCGAGAGGCCUGAUGGUUCCCACUUUGAUGUCCGGAUCCCUCCCUUCUCCCUAGAAAGCAAUAAAGAUGAGAAGACACCACCCUCGGGCCUUCACUGGUAGGCCGGCUGAGGCUUGAGUGCCUAGGCUCGGCCCCUGAAGAACAGCUCUCAUCCCACAAUUGCUGCAGAACUCUCCACCAUGGACCACAGUGGGUCUCUUUAUCGUUUGCGCCAUUUGAUUGUGGGGUUCUUUUUUGGUGGGUGGGUGUAAUCGUUUUCUCCAGAAGACCUGUGUAGGACUUCUCCAAGGCUGGCCUCCCCUGUAAGCCCUGGCUACACUGUGUCCCAGUAAACCUUUCCACCAGGAAGUUUGUGUUCAGCUGCCACAGGCCUGGGGUUUCCUGGCCUGUCACACAAGUUGUUUGGAAUAUGAGGUUUGGUCAAUAAACCAGUGCACACUUGG